AUGCGCCUAUCAGAGUUCGGUCGAAGCAUUCGCCUCGGUGGCGUUACAGUUCACGAGCUGCAGAAGGUCAUCGAAUUGGACUCCAGCGCCUCAAGGCCAUCCCAUGACGACACCAGCACAUCAGUCCCAUGCGAGGCCAUCAAGCCAAUAGAACGACAGAUGGUCAUCAUCGUACCCUGUAAGAACGAGCCCAUCCACGUCAUCGAGGGUGUGCUGUCCGGCAUCCCCAGCGGCUGCCUCAUCGUCUUGGUGUCCAACAGCGACAGAGAUCCGGAGGAUCUAUACGAGCAGGAGGUACAAGCUCUCCGCGACUUCUGCGCCACGGCCCACCGGCCGGCUCUGGCAAUACACCAGCGCGACCCAGGUGUCGCCGCUGCCUUUUCGGCCGCCGGCAUGCCGCAUAUAGUCGACAAGGUCGACGGCCUGGUGUACAACGGCAAGGGAGAGGCGAUGCUCAUGGGCAUGUCGCUUGCGGCGCUUACCGGGCGGCGUUUCGUGGGAUUCGUAGACGCCGACAACUACGUCCCCGGCUCGGUCCACGAGUACUGCCGGGUAUAUGCCGCCGGCUUACACCUCGCCACAUCCUGCGGCAGCAGGCUGGCCUCGGAGGAGGCGAUGGUGCGCAUCUCGUGGGCGUCCAAGCCCAAGCUCCGUGACGGCAAGAUCCGCUUCGACCGACGGGGCCGCUGCUCUCGCAUCACAAACGAGUGGUUCAACAAGUUCCUGGCGUACAACGUCGGGUAUUCCUCGUCGGCGCCGGGAAUCAUCGCCACGGGCAACGCCGGCGAGCACGCCAUGACUAUCGGUCUCGGCCUCAAGCUCAGGUUCGCGCGGGGCUAUGCCGUCGAGCCCUUCCAGUUCGUGGACAUGUUUGAGCGCUUCGGCGGCAACUCUGACCGGAGGUCGGGGAGGAUAUCCCGGACCGUCAGCAACGGAGGCGGCUCACAGGUUCGCGUUCUGCAGAUCGAGACGCGCAAUCCGCAUUUCCACGACGACAAGGGCGAAGAGCACGUGCAAAAGAUGUGGACGCAGGCCCUGGACGUGCUUUACCACUCCUCAUUGACGCCGCGAUCUCUUCGCGAUGCCAUGGGCCAGUUCAUGGUCGAGCACGGUGCCCUCAAGCCCGGGCAAGAACCAGCUCGCGAGAGGGUAUACCCGCCAGUAGGCACUCUUGACUUUGCUACUCUCUACCAGACUCUUUGUGAGAAGGCAAAGACCUUUCAAGUCGUUGAGAACUGA